UGCCCGCAGGAGCCAGGCGCACCCCCGCCGCAGUAGCCCGGGAUGAGGAGGCCCGCCCUCGCCGCGCGCGCGCGGCGCUCGCUCUUCCUCCUCCUCCUCGUCUGCUGCUGCCUCGCCGCGUGGUCGCCGCCGGCCGCGCGCGCCCUCCCGCUAUGCACCGACGGAAGGGCGCCUGUGCCGCUGAACAGGACGCUGUCUUUCUGCUCGGCCUACGGCGGGGGCGGCGGCAGCUGCUGCGACGCCGCCGCGGACGCCGCGCUGCGGAAGAGGUUCGACGCCAUGAACGUCUCCGACGCGGCCUGCGCCGGCGUCGUCAAGUCCGUCCUCUGCGCGGAAUGCAGUCCAUUUUCAGCUGAGUUGUUCAACUCAAGCUCAAAGAUUCAGAUGGUUCCUCUCCUGUGCAACUAUACUUCUUCAGCAAGUUCUGCUCAAUCAAAAGAUUCUACACAAGACUACUGUAAACUAGUUUGGGAGACUUGCAUAAAUGUGACAAUAGUGAACUCUCCCUUUCAACCUCCCUUGCAAGGAAGUGCAAGACUACCUAGUUCAUUGUCAAAGCUCACUGAUGUCUGGCGCUCAGAAAAUGACUUUUGCACAUCAUUUGGUGGCUCGUCUAGAGAUCAGUCUUUAUGCUUUAAUGGAAAUGCAGUUUUCUUCAACACUACAGAACCAUCACCCACCCCUAAAGGGAUAUGCCUUGAGCGAAUAGGCAAUGGAUCCUAUCUGAACAUGGCUCCACAUCCUGAUGGAUCCAACAGAGUUUUCUUGUCUAGCCAAGCUGGAAAGAUAUGGUUGGCAACCAUCCCAGAACAAGGCUCUGGGGGCACUCUACAAUUUGAUGAAGCAAACCCAUUUCUUGAUCUAACUGAUGAAGUUCAUUAUGAUUCUCAGUUUGGCCUGAUGGGUAUAGCAUUUCAUCCAAAAUUCACUACCAAUGGACGCCUCUUUGUUUCUUAUAAUUGUGAUAGAACUCAAUCGCCUAAAUGUGCUGGUAGGUGUUCAUGUAAUUCUGAUGCUAACUGUGAUCCAUCGAAGCUCGGGACUGAUAAUGGUGCUCAGCCAUGCCAGUACCAAGUAGUUGUUUCAGAGUACUCUGCAAAAGCCUCCUCGUCUAAUGUUUCUAUGGCAACAUCUGCCAAUCCAUCUGAGGUUAGAAGGAUUUUUACAAUGGGCCUGCCGUAUACGGCUCACCAUGGAGGGCAAAUACUAUUUGGACCGACAGAUGGAUACCUUUACCUUAUGAUGGGGGAUGGUGGAAGCAAAGGCGACCCUUUUAAUUUCUCUCAAAAUAAGAAAUCACUUUUGGGGAAAAUAAUGAGGUUUGACAUUGACGGCACACAAAGCCAGAGUCAAACCAUAAACCAGAGCUCAUGGGGUAACUAUUCUAUUCCAAAGGACAAUCCAUUUGCUGAUGAUAGUGACUUACAACCAGAGAUUUGGGCCUUGGGUUUCAGCAACCCAUGGAGAUGCAGUUUUGAUUCUGAGAGGCCUUCGUACUUCUAUUGUGGAGAUGUUGGAGAGGAUGCAUACGAAGAGGUAGAUUUGAUCACCAAGGGAGGAAACUAUGGAUGGCGUGCAUACGAGGGCCCUUACAUUUAUCAUCCACAGCAGUCGCCAGGGGGGAAUACGUCACUUGACUCCAUAAACGCCAUUUUCCCUGUCAUGGGCUACGACCAUUCCUCUGUCAACAAGGAAAUUGGAUCUGCAUCAAUUACAGGCGGAUAUGUUUACCGAGGGUCUACUGAUCCUUGCUUAUACGGGAGGUACCUCUACACUGACCUGUACUCAUCGCUGAUGUGGACCGGCACAGAGACCCCUGAGGGCAGCGGGAACUACACCUCGGCUGUGAUACCCUUGAGCUGCCCCAAGAGCUCUCCGAUCGCCUGCGAAUCCGCCGCCGGUAGCACCGACCCGUUGCUCGGCUACAUCUUCUCGUUCGGGGAGGACAACAGCAAGGACGUCUUCGUCUUGGCGAGCAAGGGCGUGUACCGAGUCGUGAGGCCCAGCCUGUGCGGCUACUCCUGCCCCGCGGAGACACCGGCGACCAGCAACGGAACGACGCCGCCAGGGGCUUCGUCUUCUGCUCCGGCGACACGGCUGGCGGUGAAGUCGGUGGCGGUAGCUUUGGCGCUUGUUGUAUGUGCAUUGUACUCCUGAGAGGCCCACCCGCUCUGUUCUUUCGUUAGCUUCACGCCUGGUGUGCAGCCUUAGUGACCCCACCUGUAUGUAGUGUACUAGUAUAUAGUGUUGGUUCUAGACUUUUAGUUGAAGUUCUGUGGGAGAGCACGAGAUGUAGUAGCAUCCAUGCCGGGUCCGUUUGGUUCGCGUCCACGACUCGCGACGCCACGUUUGAAUACAUAUGCCACUUGUGACA